AUGAUUGCCACCUCCUCCCUCAGCGCAGAAGGACCCGCUUCUGCUUCUCUCCCUCUCGUCGCUCACGAUGCCACCGAUCGUCCAGCCUCGAGGGCGCAGACAGCCGUUUCCGAGGCCAAAGAACUGCCCGUAACCUACUCCACCGAUGCCCUUUUACGCGAACCCCUUGAAGAAAAAGAACUACGUCAAGUCAAUGGUGGUCGCCGCGCCGAACAAGAGCUGCCUCGCCUACAAGCAAAUGCGCAGAUAACGCACGGCGACAGCUUGGAGCCCAUCCUUGAAGAUGAUCCCGCGUCCUUCAACCUCAUCGCUCCUCCUCCCCCGAACCAAGGCGAUAUCUUCUCAUUAGAGACCCAGACACAAGCGCUCUUCUCGAGGGGACAUCUACAGGUCAUCUUCGCCGAUCCCAGCUACCUCUUCAAGUUCACCUCUUUCCUUGGAAUGUACAGACCCCAGUCGGUGCCCAUGCUCGUGCACUAUCUCGAUUCCCUCAAAUCACUGCGGGCCAUCAAUUAUGCCGACGCCAUCUGCGAGGGCCUAGACCCCAUAGAAGGAUAUGAGUUUACACAAAGGCCAGUCAAGCCGACCAUCAACACGGCAUUGGAAGAGAGGGCGCACAAGGCUUUCGAGAUCUUGGCCAUGGAGGAACUGCCUGCUUUCAUCACACAUCAGUACAUACAAGUCGUGAGCAAUAGUAUCACCGCCAGAAUCACCGGCUCGCUCUCACCCCAACUCCGGGAAGCCUCGGACGGGUUGGCAGAGGUGUUUUGUUUGACGGACCCCUCCAGGCACGACAACCCAGUCGUCUUCGCCUCCGAAGAAUUCAACCGGACCACCCAGUACGGCAUGUCAUAUGUUCUGGGUCGGAAUUGCAGGUUCUUGCAAGGGCCUAUGACGAACCCGCACAGCCUGCGGAGGAUCCGAGAAGCUCUCAAAGCAGGCAGGCAACAUCAAGAAGUCCUUCUAAACUAUCGACGAGACGGCUCUCCCUUUGUGAAUUUGUUUAUGAUGGCUCCUCUUUCCGACAGUAGAGGCGUUGUCCGAUAUCACAUUGGGGCGCAAGUUGAUGUGAGUGGCCUUGUCAAAGACUGUUCAGAAAUGGAGUCCCUGCGAAAGUUGUUGGACCUGCGUGCUCGAGGCGAAGAUCCACCACAGCCUGAGAAGCCUAACCCGGAGAAAAACGACGAGCUGCGGGAAUUGAGCGAGAUGCUCAACCAGGGCGAGUUGAAUACCAUCAAGCGCCAUGGCGGUAAGAUGCACCGCGAAAUCGUCGAGGAUGACAUCGAGAGUGUCUCGUCCCACCAUCAGCCUCGACUGUUGCUCAAGGACCCGGACACCAUGGUGCCAUCGAUUGCCAGCAUCAAUGGUAGAUUGAGUGGCAUAUAUCAACAUUAUCUCCUCGUACGACCAUAUCCUUCUCUGCGCAUUCUCUUUGCAAGCCCGUCACAACGAUUGCCUGGAAUCUUACAAUCACCCUUCUUGAACAAAAUCGGCGGCUCCAAUCGAGUACGUGAGGAAUUGACGACGGCGUUUGCCGAAGGACGAGGCGUGACUGCCAAAGUCCGCUGGGUGACUAAAGGCGACGAUCAAGGCAAGAACAAGUGGAUUCAUUGCACGCCGCUACUGGGCCAGUCAGGCCAGAUUGGCGUAUGGAUGGUGGUGGUUGUUGAUGACGAAAAGAACAACGAAAGGUGGCCUCCUGCGUCGGGACGACUCCCACCCCAAGUGGCCGGCCCAGAGAGAAGCUGGACUCCGGCUCCCAGCAGCGGAUACCAGAUGGUCGGAUCGAACCACAACGCUGUUGGCGACAUCAACGGUGGAUUCUCGGAUCGGAAUGGCGGUGGCAGCCUCGGCAGUGCCAGCGGCAGCGCAACCAGCCUGAGGAUUGGAUGA